AUGUCAUUCAUAAGUGAUUAUUGUAAAUAGAUAAUUAGACCACCAAGAAGAACUUAUUCAAUAUAACUUUUAGGUAUGGAUUUACUAUGAAAGGUCCUAAAACACGUUUUAUAUAAAGUGUUCCAAUAAUUAGAGAAGAUUUUGAAUUUACAUCAAGAUAACUAAAACUUCAAGCUAGUUAUUUUGUAUAAGAAUCUGUUCAUCAUCGUUGUUUAAUAUAUUUACAUUGCAAUGCUAGUUGUAGAUUAGAAGGAUUAUAGUAUGUAGAUAGAUUAUUAGCUACUGGAGUUAAUUUAUGCAUUUUUGAUUUUGCUGGAUGUGGUUUAUCAGAAGGAAAAUAUAUAACUAUGGGAACUUAUGAAAGUGAAGAUGUUAAAGAAUUAAUGAACUAUAUAGAAUGUCGCUUUGGUAAGGUUGAUGAAUUUAUUUUAUGGGGAAGAAGUAUGGGAGCUGUGACUGCACUCAUGUUAUCUCAAGAUCCUAGAAUUACUACUUAUAUUGCUGAUAGUGCAUUUACUUAAUUAAGAACUGUUAUAGAGGAAUUAGGUUAACAAAAAUUUGGAUGCUUUUCAUUUAUGAUCAACGGUUUUAUGCCAUUUCUUAGAAGCAAAAUAAUAAAUGAAGCAUAAUUUGAUAUUGAUUAAGUAUCUCCUCUUAAUUGUAUUGGUAUUUAAAGUAAUACUAAACGAUUUUAUUUUCUUGCUGGAAAAACUGAUUAAUUAGUUCAUCCAAGACAUUCAUAAAUGCUCUAUGAAAAUUGUAAAUCUUAUAAAAGACUUGAAUUAUGUGAUGGAAAUCAUAAUACUACUAGACAAGUAGAAACAUUAGAUAAAAUCUCCAAAUUUAUUAAUCUAUUAUAAUUAGACUUACCAUUAAAUGUUGAAUAUGCUAAUAAAUGUUCAAAGUAUUUCAAGGAAGCCCAGUAAUGUUUAAAUAGCUAUAGAAUGUAAUAAUAAGAAUAAGAAGAGAAUCUAAAAGAAUAUGUUAAAUAAUUGGAAAGAAAAAGUAUUUUAAAGUCAUAUCAAUAAUAAUCAAGGGACCUUUCAGAUUUAGAAAAAUAUUUAGAAUGA